GCAGCGCUGUCACCGUCGUUGAUUUCGUUUGGUGGAGUUGUGUGUGGAGUUGAGUUGUGUAAAUAUUUUCAAGAUGGACGGUCGCGUAUCUUUGGGGCUCCGCGAGUAAAAACUGUUUCUUCUCAAAUUUCUGUGUGUCCUGUGAAUUUUUAUGUGUUCUAACUCGAGAAAAUCGAAGUGAUUUUUUAUCUGUGCAAGAAAAAAUAUCCAAAUGUUUCUCCAAAGUGCGAAUAUUGCUAUAAUUUAUAAACAUCCAACGAACGAGUAGACGGCCGCAGAGUUCACGCCUCUACGCAACAACAUAGGAGCAAAUUUCUGAUUGAAUAAAAGUGUUUUGGGAUUUUCAUUACGACGGAAGUUCACCUGGACAAGAACCGGGAGAAAACGAAAAUUUUAGGCUCAUUUAUUGAAGGCUGCUUUGCUCUGCGUUGUUUGUUAUUUAUCUGUCAAGUAUCCGAGCUUUGGUGAAUUUUCGUGAAAAACAAAGACGGAUUACGAACAGAUGUUCCUGUCUGAAACGAAAGAGGAUUGAAUCUGGAGUUCCUGUACGAGGAGUGAAAAUGUGAAAUUAAAACACAGUAAAAGUAAAAUAAGUGAGCCCUGUGUUCGGUUGACUGCGAAUUUCGUGUUUCGGCAAAGAACACCCAAUCAAGUGAAAGUGGAUAGAGAAAAUUUCUAUUUCCCACACCACUUAGAACUUUUGUCCACCUAGUGGAUGCUGACCGUGGUCUCGUGUCGUCGCCAAGAGGAAAAACUUGAGGCCAUCGGAAAAUAGGUGUGUGCGAGUGUUUGUGCUGUGGUGGAGAAAAUUUUCACUCCGCGAUGGGCGGGCGAUGUUUCGUUUGCUCGUUAAAAAUAGCUGCCCCGACAAGAGUGUUGUAGAGUGCGAAGGGACGGCUGACCGAACAGAAAACGGCAGGAAAUUCCUGUCUUGUGCGUUGAAUGCUGAUGAUGGGGAGCUAAGCCAAUGCCUAAUUCUUCACUACUUUGGGAAAAAAGGGAAAGGAAGUUGUUCGGUGCGGAGAGUCGCUUGUGACUUGUGAUAAGCGGUGCAUUCAGGGUUUUGAGAUAUGAUUGGAACCUGUAUUAUCAAAACCGUGUAACUUGUAUUAUUAACGCCAAAAGCAGUUCAACUAUUUUGAUAGAGAGCCCGAGCAGGCACAGAUCUGUGGAAUUACAAUUAUUUGAUUACUAGGACGUUAAUAAGAUCCCAACCAGCAGCAACAAUGUGUCACUUAGGCAUGAGUAGUGACACCAGCCCAGGCGGAAAACCAGAUGACUGGCCGGCCGCCGUUUGAAGACUGCUACCCAUUUUUUUCAACCCACAAUCUUCCAGCAAGUCCUUCCAUUCCUGCCUAGGGAAAAUGAUGAGUCACUCCAGUGCCAAUAAACACACUCCUGCUGCGGUGUCAUUCGUCGCCAACAACCUAGAGACUGCUAGCAGCACCAGUAGUGGGCCCAUCCUCGUCGCCAAAAUGUCUGAAAAGGUCCGCACCACCAGCGACAGCGAAUCGGAAAUCAACUACGAUUUGUUCAGCACCAGCGUAACUUCGGACGGCGGAGCGUCAUCAUCGGUGAUGAACACGUCGCAAAUUUCCAACGCUUCCAACGAUUCGACGCACAUCAAGAGUGCCAACCUGACGCGGUCGCAGAAUGUCGGAGGGUCCUGUCGUUUUCCCAAGCUAGAAGAAUGUGCACACUUCCACUACGAGCGGGUGCAACUUGGCAAGUUGUCCGUCAAGUUGGUGUCGGAGGAAAAGACCGAUUCCCAACUUCAAGGACAGAGCGGUCAAAGUUCCCUGCUAGCCAGUACCGAUCUGAGUAGUUCGCAAACCAGUAACGCUGCUAACGGUGUUAUCAACCUGCUGGGUGGGAAAAAUAAUUGGUUCAUUCUUCGUAUUACGGCUGGCCGUUCGGAUUCGUUCCUGAUAAAGCGAUCCUUCGAGAACAUGCGCUUCCUGGAUGAGAUGCUGCACCGAUGUGUGUACGAUCGACGGGUGAGUGAGCUGGAAGACCUGAAGGAGCUGGAUAUUUCGGAUAGGGUUGAUGAUGAGCUGGAGACGAUAGUUGCGGUUUAUGUGAAUCGGUUGUCGGUAAUUGCCUCCGAUGCCAUGACGUGUGGACCCGUAUUGACAUGGUUGCAGAUCGAUAACAAGGGCAGGCGGCUGCCGGUGGCCGAUGAAGAAACUAUGAAAAGCAUCAACACACCGGCCGUUGGAGCAGCUUACGGAGUGCGAAGGUAUGUCGCGCAAGCCUGUGAUGAGAUUUCUAUUGAGGUCGGAGAUAUGAUAUCCGUUAUCGAUAUGCCUAGUCCAGCUGAAUCAAUUUGGUGGCGUGGCAAGAAGAGUCAUCUGCAGAAGAACCAGUAUGAGGUUGGAUUUUUUCCGCAAAGUUGCGUAGCUACUAUUGGUGAUAAAGUUCCCCGUCAUAUGCCGUUCCCGGCUCCACUGGUCGGUUCCUUGGCAGUGUCGCCAACUAAACCGGUCCUUAGGAAGCACGGUAAACUGAUAGCAUUUUUCCGCAGCUUCAUCCUAUCGCGGCCUUCUCGUCGACGACUGAAACAGAGUGGUAUCUACAAAGAGCGCGUGUUUUCCUGUGAUUUGGGUGAGCAUUUGCUCAACAGUGGACAAGACAUUCCAAUGGUUCUGAAAUGUUGCGCUGAAUUUAUCGAAGAGUACGGAAUUGUGGAUGGCAUUUACCGACUAUCGGGUAUUACCUCCAAUAUACAAAAACUGAGACGUGCCUUCGACGAAGAGAGAAUCCCGGAUCUAACGCACCCGGAGAUUAAGCAGGACAUUCAUGCUGUGAGUUCCUUAUUGAAAAUGUACUUCCGAGAACUGCCAAACCCGCUUUGCACAUACCAGUUGUACGACCACUUUGUGGACGCCAUCCAGACUCGUUUGGAAGCAUCGACCGAUCUAAAACUUCGUCUGAUCCGACAGACUGUACAGAAAUUGCCACCUCCGCACUAUCGAACGUUGAAGUACCUAGCGACGCAUCUGUUUAAAAUUUCCCGUCAUUCGGCUAGCACGGGAAUGACUGAGCGGAACAUUGCCAUUGUGUGGGCUCCGAACCUUUUGCGUUCACCUGCACUUGAAUCGGGAGGAGUGGCAGCUCUUCGAGGGGUAGGUGUACAGGCCGUGGUCACGGAAUACCUAAUCAGCAACUGUGAACAGAUAUUCGAUGAUAGUGGGGAUGACUUCGGCAGCCACUAUAUUGAAUCGCAACCCAACUCCCUUAGCGAUUCCAACAGUCUCCAAAUUCAUAGUGGCUUGGAUCAAGAUCUGUCGCUGUCGAUGGAGCGACCGAAGAGUUUAAGCGUGGGAGGUGCCAAAUUGCUCAGUCUUGAAGAGGCUCGUAUUCGGCGGAACUGCAUGGAAAAUGCCGAGAAAACUAUUCCAAUUAACAUCACGAACACCUCGACGCACAUCGGUUCAUACAUCGAAGUUGGUGGCGGCCCAUCCAGUCUGCCCGAUAAGUAUCAUACUGUCCUUCCGGUGCCAAGAAGCUGGAAUAAACGAAAAUCUCAUUCAUCGUGGAAGUCCAUUUUUACACGGCAACCACGACAAUCGAACAGCAAUCAGGACAUCAAGGAGUAUAGUAAUCCUACCACGCCUACCAACAAAGAUCCACCAGUUAUAGUGACAAACGGACGAGCGUUGAACGAGGAACGAUCCGUCAAGCCAGACCAGAAUGGCGCCAUGAAGGAAAGCAACAGCGGUGUAAUGCAGGAAAAGAUGACGAAGAGUGUGGACAUAUUUGAUGGGAAAUCGCUCACGAUCGAUUCGUGCGCCCGGUCCAAUUCGGUUGAUAGCUUACGGACCACCGGCCACAGUCGAUCGGUUUCCCACGAUUCGUAUUUCGAUUUACUGCAGUCGCCGCUGAGAGGUGGCGUGGUAACCUGUCCUAGUCGCGAACUUUCUGAACUGGGGCUAAACUUUGACCGCGAGGAGCCUGAAAUGAGAAUUUUCUCCGAGAGCGAAAGUUUAGUGAGUAGUCCGAAGGUGGCCAAAGAGUCUACGCGGCGUACACUCCGAGCCAGACCGGAAGAAUACACCAGUGGAGGCAAUAGUGUGAAUCCUAGUCCCAAGAAGCAGCCUCGAUUGAAUAUCCAGAGCCCUCAAGACGCCAGCAAGCCCCAAUGGAUGAUGGCAUCAGCGGAGACGGGCUCACUUAACCCGGACGAAAGCCUUUGCAAGCGAUACAAGCUAGAGGAUCAAUUGAGUGACAUUCAGUAUAUCGAUUGUAAUACUCCGGAACACAACAUUUCUAGCGGAGGGUCGUCGUUAAAUAGUAACACGAUAUUUACAAGUGCUCAAGUUCACAAGCCGCCACUACAGGAGGACUCCGAUGACGAACAUGAAUUAAUUGGAAUCAGGAACUCAUAUCCAGGACCUCAGUACAGUUAUGUCAAGUACGAUUCCCCCAUAAAGGAGACCCGGUUUAGCUACCCGGGAAUGUGUGCCAAAAACAAGGAAAGCAGUAGUGCUUUGAAAGAGCAGGAAAUGAACGUGGAUGAUCAACAUCAAACGCAUUUGCAAAAGAAUGGAUCUUCACUGUAUGAAAGUUUCAUACUGUCCAGCCAAGCCUCAUCAAAGCCCCCAAAGUAUCCAGGUCGUUAUAGCUACUACCAGACCGGAAGUGGCAUCUCGGGAAAUAAUGAUGAGGGAAGGGAUGAUGAACUGCAGGUCGUCCCCAGGAGCUGUUCGGAGAAUGUGAUAAGAAAAAGUGACACCCAAAAAAGUAAGCUGAGUGUGAUGACCCCGCAGUCACCGGUACAAAGUCCAUGUUACUCGUUGCUGGUAGGCUCGACGACGAGUUCUGAUAAUAGUAGCAAUAUGACAACUCCGGUGUACGAAAUGGACGUGGCGGCCGUUAUUGGCCAGCAGCAACAGCAGCCAUUAGAGAAAACCAAAGAUGAAACUGAACCGAGAGAUAUUAAAGCCUUGAAGCGCGAGCUUUCGCUAGACCUUAGCGAAGUCAGCGCCAAAGCUGCCACGGGAAAACAGUUGGCCACGAAGAAAAAUUCCUCCCCGAAUACUCCUUCUAAUUUUGCAUCAGAUAAUACGACCAAUACGACAACGACUACCACUAGUCAAUCGAUGACGCCAAGCGAGUUUUGCUAUCAUAAUCUUAACCCAGAGUUAUCUCCCGGGGAACUCGCAACUUUUGCACAGAAAGUUGCUCCAGGCAACAAGCCCGGAACUCCUAUAAAGGCCACGAUCAAUAUUACGUACAACGUAAGGUCACCUGUUCGAAAAGAGCAAGACGAGAGUAUCUUUCGAUCGUCACCGAUAAACUCGUGCGGUUCGCUCACUCCAACAUCUCUGAAAUAUCUGGAACAAGGCGAUGAACCGUUGAAAGCAUCAGAAUGCGAUCUGUUAGAAGAGGAAGAGUAUCAACGGGAGCGACGAAGCAUUUAUGAAAACGUUCUCGUUACCCCAAUGGAGCCGCAGCCAGUGAAAGAUACUAAGAGACUCUUGGAGACUAAUUUCGACGAAACAAUGGUAUACGAGCAGGUCAAAUUCUAUAAAAAUGCUGUGUCACAAGUGAAUGAAAUGUUAGGAGGGGAACCUGAGGGGAACCAGAAUGUGGUCCCGGGUGAGUUAACGCCUUCCAAUCUGGUAGAUCUCUCGAUCAGUGAAUAUGAAGCAAAAGUACCUGAAGCAGACUCAAUGGAGAAAAAAUCAAAAGUCAAGCUAAAAAUCAAAGAGGAUGAAGAUGAAGAAGAAGACGAGGAAGAGAAUACAGAUGGUAUCAAUAACAAUAAACGUGAUUCUCGAGUUGGUACCGAUUCUUCACAUUCUGAAAUCAAAGAGAAAGUAGAUUUUGUUAUGACUAGCAAAAGCGAAGAGGAAAGCGAUGAUGUUCCCAUGUCUGACGUAAACGAUGAUAGUUUAGAGUUCGACAACACGGAUGUGUCUUUGUAUGAAAAUGUAGAACUGCGGAAAAAACCUUUUGCCCCGGUUUAUGAGAAUAUGAUUCCAGGUCCGAUUGGAUUGGUAACAUCGACGCUCAAAUCCACAACCGAUGAUGAUUUUUCUUCUUUUUGUGCAGAUCGUAGUGACAUGGACAAUGAAAUGGAAUAUCGUAUCGAAAUUCCUCCCAAGAUUGAAAUCAAACCCAUCACGAACAAUAUUAGCGUGAAACAGUUAGCGACGAAGUUUGAAACUAGUCCCGUUGAUGUAAAUCCACCAUUUGACUUUCACCAUCAGUCGAAACUGAAUAACAAUCGAGGGAGUGCUGGUCCCGUUGUAACAAUUCGUAACAAAUCCGCAAAAGACUAUCAAAAUCUAACAAAUAUUACACGAAGCUUAGAUGAAAACGCGUUCGUUCGGGAAUUUGGCAGUGCACGUAAGUUAGAAAGCUUCAACAAAAGCAUCCAACAAAUCCCUGAAAUUGAUAAUAUCCUCAACGAGAACAAUCCGAAUCGACGCAAGUCAUUAGAUUUCACUAGACCAAAGAGCCUAAAUCCACCGAAGAAACUUCCCACCCUUGUAGGAGAAGGCAUUGAAAAUCUCAAGGACCAUGUCCAUACACCACACGACUGCUGCCGUCAGCAACAACACCAACAGCAAAAAUCCUCACCGCCGUCGGAUCUCAAACUGGAUCUAUCCACCAAAAUCGAGGACACCAAAGAAGCCCGAGCGUAUAAUGUCCGAAUCACACCAACCACCGAGAACCGAAUCUCACUUGUCCAGUACAACUACGACAACCGACUCAAUCGGAAAGACAAUCCACAGCAGCAGCAGGAGGAAGACCGCAACAGUAUAACGAGCAUCUCCAGUCUCAAAAUGUUGGGCAGCUGCAAAUUGGACCGCAGUCGGAUCGAGAAAAUCAAAGAAGAACGUCGCCACCAACUCAGCGAAAAAUACCGGUCGGAAUCCUUCAAAGGCGAACGGGGCGACUACGCAAAACUGAAAUCUAAGUCCAAAUCGGAGCUGCGGGAUCUGCAAGAUACCGACUCAAUCGAUCCUGGCAAAAAGUACGAUUCGUUACGAUUCCGCUCCAAAUCCCGCGUCGAACUAUCUGAUCAGCCGUACAACCUCGAUCAUAACUUAUCGACGGCCGUUUCGUUGAACACGGUGAUGGCUUCGUCGAUGAUGAUUCCCGCGGGUCGAACGCGACGCAUAAGCGACGAAAAAAAUCAGAACGAUUGUAUCGCAAGUUCAUCUCCGCCCCGCAGCACCGUCAGCAGUAACAUUCCACCCGAUGCCAGCAUAUCGCAGGUUUGUGAUAGUAAGUUUGAGUUGAAAACUCGCCAGAAAUUCGACAAACGGGGCAGCACCAGUAGCAUGACGGAGUAUCCGCUGGCAUCGGUUACGGCCGGUCGGGAACGCGACAGUUUUAACGGUGGAUCGAAUAAGAGUUUCGCCAGGAAUGGUUCCAGUGGAACGCAGCGAGAUCGUUUUUCUCCGCAAAUUUCCAUCAAGGAUGUCGCUGCCAUGUUCGAGUCAAGAUCGCAAAAUCAGUCGUAAUCUGGAAAGGCUUUGUUUAGCUUUAUUUAUAGUAAUGUACUACUAUUGCACGCCGUUUCUGAAAUUACGAAUCAAUUUUCGGUAAACAUUCUGUUGAAAAUAAAUCUCAUUACACCUUCGUGUUCUACUUGACCAAAAUUUGUGCUGCAAAUAAGAAUGAUAGUUUGUAAAACAGUAAAAAUAUAUAAAGUAAUCGAACGCAAUAGAAAAAACAAAACGUUGAUAUUGAACUACUCUUUAUAAGAAUCUUAUAACUUCAGCUAAACUGCUGAUAAUACCUAAUGGAUAUGUCACUGUUUAACAAAGCAUAACUGAUACGUAGUUAAAAAGCAACUUACUGACAACGCGAGCAAAAAUUUAUUUAUAUGAAAAUUAAUAAAAUUUGUAUGAGUAGUGCAUUAUUCGAAAAGAGCAAACAAAUUAGCUAAAUAUCUGUGAAACAUAUUGCUUCAACUGCACGAAGGUAAAUAGACUAACAGCGUUGCAUUUAUGUACAACCCAACUGGCUGAAAGCUAUUUGUAUUGAACAAAAACUGCAUGGGUUCUUGUUAGUGAUUUCCAAUCGUUGUUAUUUCUUCUCGAAAUCCAACUUGUUCAACGUGGAAAAAUGUUAGGUAAACUUCAUCAGAUGUUGUACGGUUAGAGAACAAAUCGAUGGUAGGAUAUGCUUUCGUACGAAAACUUUGGAGAUUAAAUAACAGUAGAAGGUUUACCAGUGAGAACAUUUUAAAACAAAAACCAGCCAAGUUGUAAGAAAACAUCGCUUCAAUGGUGGACUCAGUUCAACUCUAAAAGAUAAUUUGAACGGUAGCUUGAUGAGAGACUAAUUUACAUUGUACAUAAAAAUGUCGAGUAUGAAAGUGAAGAUUAAGAUAGUGGGAUAUCGUGCAUCACAAUCUUUUAUCUUUAUGUAUAGGUCUACGUUGUAUUGUUUCAUUGCGAAUGUUAGCUUUUGCUUCGUUUACAAAACGGAACUUAAUUAUUCUAUUUUGGUAGGUACUGUUUUAGUUUUGUUUUCAAAAUUUGACGUGCGAAAAUAAAUUUGUUUUGUUUUAUAGAAGAACUUGUUUCUGUUCGACAAGAGUGUAGAAUGAAUGUAGAUUGAAACGGAAAGUUUUGGAGGAUCAUUGACAGUGUGAGCAAACAUCAAAGAUUAAAUGACAAACGUAGAUCGAGUAGAUAAGCCGAUUGAGACAAUAAUUUUCCAUAAAAUCAGUGACAAAUUUUUAGAAUACACUUAAAUCGAUGAACACAUUCUUUAUCAAUCAAGACUUUCUGAUCAGGACUGCUGUAAACUGAUUUAUUCAACUAGCAAUGAUUUCCUCAACUCUAGUAAUUUUCUUUUCAUGUAAAUAUAAACUUUUUUUAAUGGGGUGAUUCAAUUGAAAGAUGAUGUUAAACUGAACUUAUGGUCAACAUUUAUUAUAUUGUAAAUAACCUAAUUGCAAAUAAGAUACAUUAACGAUAAACUUGUGAGGAAACACGUCACAAAAAAAUAAAGAAAACAAAGAAAUGAACAGAUGGUAAUUUUUUCACAACACAAACUAAUCAUAAAACAAUACAAAAUGUCAAAACUACUAUGAAAGAACUAAUUCUACUCGAAACAUGAUAUUAACUUACGCUUUAGUAUUUGAUAUUGAAAAUAGCAAGCAGUAACAAUAUGCAGAAAUUGAGAAUGUAACUUUUGCUAAACAGACACUUUCCGAUCUUUAAACAAUUUAAUAACUUCCUAUAAUAUGACCACGGUAAAGAGAGAAACUGACUACAAAAUAUAAACACUUUCUUCAAGAACACAUUGAAUUCCAAUA